UUUUGUUUAGGGUCUACGUCAAUGAAAAUCUAAGAAGAAUUGAUUACUAGAAUCUGUCCAGUCUGUCACGUCCAUAAAAAGUUUCUACAGAGCCAGCAAUUUCUAGUUUGAUAUGGAAGCCACAGAACAACAGAACUCUCCUGUGCAACAGUGUGCCACCUCAGAAACACAACAGAAACAAUCGAGACGGAAACGUCGCUACGGUCGCAAGCGAAAAUCUACAAAUCCCAGCACCGAUAACUCAGCUUCAACCGAUCCUAAUACAGUAAACUCAAACGAAAAUCCAGCUGUACCGAGUUCCGUGGAUAAUCCGACCAAAUCGAAUCCCGUUUCACCACAACGAACAUACAACAAUCAGCAACCGUUGUUCAAAGACAGUAAACCACUUGACAAUCCACUCAGCUCUCCAUCGAAAGUAUCGGGAGAAAUACGAAAGACGCCUGCGGAUCGCCCAUUUAGUAAUAACAUUUCGAGAAGUUAUAUGGACAAAAUGAAACGGGUGGAUGAGGAGAAAAGUCGUGAGGGCGUUUUGGUGGAGCGAGAGGCAAGACGUUUGUCCAAGCAAAAAGAGCAAGACAAAGCGAGAAAUAUUGGCAAUGUCUCACCGAUGAAAUCAGUGCCUAAACCUGAGCCAAAGGUUGAAGAGAAAGUCGGUGAUGUGGUCAAUCAGACGCCAUCGACAACACCUGUACAAAACGCAGGUGGAAAUGCUCGACCUAGCGACAAGAGUCGUGAAGAAAUCAUGGCUGAACGAGAGCUGAAAAAGCAGGCCAAAUUAGGGAAGAAAAAUAAAGGAGCGACAGAAGCUGCACCAUCGAAUGAAAGUGCCACACCGACAGCGGUAGGUGGAAAUGAUCAGCCUGGUGAGCAGAGUGAAAAAAGUCGCGAAGAUAUCAUGGCUGAGCGGGAGCUGAAAAAGCAGGCCAAAUUAGCGAAGAAAAGUAAAACGACAGAAGCGGCACCAACAAAUGAAACUGCCACAACGACGGACUCGAUAGUGAAAAAACUGGAGAACGCAACCAUCUCGGAGAAGCCAGCCUUAACUAAAGCGGAACGCCGUGAAAAGCAAGAAGCACAAAGAGCUGCUAAAGCAAAACUAUUAGCAGAAAAAACGACAAAGGGACAACCAUCUGGCCAAUCGACAGAAACUAAAUCGAAACCGGACAAAGUGGAAAAGGCAAAGGAAAUUUGGUCAUUUCAGCCGUCGACCAAAAAACCGGUUUCUGUUAAAUUACCUCAACACAAAGUCAAAUUAUUCAAUCAUCUCUAUGCGGACAAGGCUCCCGAAAAGUUUAUCAACUCCAACGCAAUUCAUCCGGCUAUUGUUAAAUUAGGCGCACAAUUUGCAAACGGAAAUAUUGUCGGUUCGAAUGCGAGAUGUAUUGCCUUCAUGGAGCGUAUAAAAAAGGUGAUUGAAGACUACAACACACCGUCACAAAAGGAAUUCGGUCGUGGCCUUGAAGCGAUUCUUCAUCCGUGCGUCAAUUACUUGCAACAAUGUCGUCCCUUGUCGGUGUCAAUUACGAACGCAUUGAAAUUCAUCAAGUGGCAAAUAUCACAACUUCCAGCCAAUCAAACGGAUGCCGAAUCAAAGGAGCAUCUACUCGAAUCGGUGGACACUUACGUGCGAGAUCAAAUUGAAAAAGCCGCCCAGGCAAUUAGCAUCUUUGUUCAGGAGAAAAUAUCCAACGGCGAUGUUAUUCUGACAUUCGGAUGCUCUUCGUUAAUAUGCCACAUCAUCGAGGAGGCGCAGAAGCGAAACGUAGACUUUAGCGUUAUAGUUGUGGACUCACGGCCACACCACGAGGGACAAGAGAUGCUUCGCAGAUUGGUGGCUCUUAAAAUUCGAUGUACCUUCGUACUGAUCAAUGCAAUUGGAUUCGUUAUGCCAGACGUCACGAAGGUACUGUUGGGAGCUAAUGCCUUACUAGCUAAUGGGUACGUGAUGUCUCGAGCUGGAACUGCCCAAGUGGCUCUUAUGGCGAAAUUUUAUAAUGUCCCGGUGUUGGUGUGCUGCGAAACACACAAGUUUAGUGAACGUGUCCAAACCGAUGCGUUUGUAUUUAACGAAAUAGGAAAUCCUCAAGAUCUAGUGCUAACGACGGGUAAGUCCACGUCGAACGAAAUGCAAAAUUGGAAAUCGAUGUCACACCUAACGCCACUCAAUCUACGGUAUGACGUAACACCGCCCGAACUAGUUGCUGCUGUUGUCACCGAAUUAGCUAUUUUACCUUGUACAAGUGUGCCAGUCAUACUUCGAAUUAAGCCAUCCGAAAUCGGCUACUAGCCGGUGGCGUUUAUGUGUCGUUUUCUUGUUGAUCGAUAAAUGAAAAUUAUGACAAAA